GUCUUUGCAUAAAAGCGACUUCCUGAUAUUGUGUGGAGCGGACUUAAACAACUUCCCUGUUGUCCCGCCACAUUACCUCAGGCAGUGAGGACAGCUAUGGCUAGAACCUUCCAGAAACGUCCCCACUGGAAAAGGAAAGAGUUAGAAACCACGCAGAGCAAACUGCAGGGUGAGCGCAGCUGAGACCUUCUUUUUCUUGGUCUGUGUGGCCAAGACGCCAAGCUGCUCCCCCAGUGACCUUCCCCGCAGCGUAAGGUCAGAAGUGGGGUUGUUCGCCAAUGAUUGGACAGUGUUCAGCACCGUUUGCCACUCCUCCGAAUCGGAAAAGCAGCCCAUGUUCAAGUGCAACACAGUCGGGACGGUGUCCAAGCUUGGGCUGACAAGUGGUCCAGCGGUGAUCCAGGGCAAAGGUUGAGGAGAUGGCAAUGGAGGUGACGGGGCCCACAAUGGACCCAGCUCCCAAAGCCGUCCAGGGUGUCAAGCAGCGGAUCUCCACGGUGACCUCCCCUCUGAGAGCGGCCUAUCGGAUCCGCCACAAAUACCUCGUGAUGAAGAGGCGGCGAGUGGGCGCAGAGCGCGGCGAGGCCUCGGGGCUGGAGGGCCGCUACCUGCCCUCCAAGGGCCAGGGGCUGUUGGAGCGCGCCUUCAAGCACCGAGCCAAGCCGGCCGAACAUUUCACCUUCGAGAAGGUGCCCGUCAAAACCACAAAGAGGCGCCGCUCCAGCAAGAGGCGCAAAGUGCUGUACCCGAGCGAUACCAGGAGGUACCUGCCCGAGGAGAAGAAAAGCAAGGCUAAGAACUGCCUGUUCCUGCUGAGCCUGAUAGUCUUCUUUCAGAUAUACAACGCCAUUGAGAACCUGGAUGAUAAUGUGCUGAAAUAUGACCUGGCCGGCUUGGAGAAGACGCUGAAGAGGGAGGUGUUUGGUCAGAGCGUGGCGAUUGACUCCCUGAUGGACUUGCUGGGGGACUACCUGGCCACUCACAUUCACGACAAGCCGCUGUUGCUGUCUUUGAACGGGCCCAGUGGGGUUGGCAAGAGCCUGACGGGGAGGCUGCUGGGGAAGCAUUUCCGCGCGGUGCUGGGCGACGAGCUGGUAUUGCAGUAUUUCGUCCUGCACCGCUGCCCGGUACAGGACAGCGGCACCGCCUGCCUGCAGGAAUUGGCGGGGGGCAUUGCCAGCGUGGUGAGGCGGGCGGAGAAAGAGGAGAAGAUCCCCCUGCUCAUCUUCGACGAGGUGGAGUACAUGCAGCCGGCCUUGCUGGACUUCCUGCGGGGCUACCUGCAGCCCGAGCAGCCCAACGAGUUCCUGAACGCCGUCUACGUCUUGAUCAGCAGCUACGGGCAGGGCGAGAUCACCAGGUUUGUGCUGCAGAACGCCUCCAGCGGCCUGGCCAGAGGGCCCCCCAGGGCGGAAGAGCUGCUCCUCGCUGUCCAGUCGUCGCUGAGCCAGUUCCACCCAAUCUGGGACCACGCCGACAUCGUCCCCUUUACUCUCCUGGAGAGGAGUCACAUCGAGGGCUGCUUCCUGGAGGCGCUGAUGAGAGAGGGGCACUACCCAGAGCCCGCUCAGCUCAGUGACCUCGCCAGGGAGCUGAAUUAUUACACGGCAGGGGGUAACCAGUAUUCUGUUCACGGCUGCAAGUACGUGGGCCCCAGGGUGAGCCUGUUACACUGAGUGUGCAGGUUCCCGCACUCUGGGCCAAGCCAACAUUACCAGGGCUUUGGCAUCUCCCGGGUUUGGCUGGCUCCACUGGGCACCCACCCACCCACCUGACAGGGGGGGGGGUCACACACUAAGAAUUUCAGGAGAGGCAGAGCGAGGGUCUGGGGGUAGGUGGGCUGUCAUCAUGGCUGUCCCAGUCUGUAUUCAGCAGUGAGAUUGACCAGGCCCGGUCACUGGUCCCUCGAGGGUCACCGAUUCAUACCGACCGAGAGCAGUCGGUGUGAUAGUGAACUCGGCAACACACAGAGAGAGAGAGACAGGGGCCAUCCUACAGCCUGAGAGAGAUGGCAUUGCAAAAGGGGCACCCCCACACCACGGUCACUCUCAUCAUGGUCACUCCCUCACCAUGGUCACUCUCAUCAUGGUCACUCCCACACCACGGUCACUCCCUCACCGCCGUGACUCACACACUGCGGUCACUCCUUCACUGCGGUCACUCUCUCACCACAGUCACUCCCACACCAUGAUCACUCUUUCACUGUGGUCACUCCCUUAUCGCGGUCACUCUCUCACCACGGUCACUGUCUCAUCAUAGUCACUCCCACACCACAGUCACUCCCUCACCGCAGUCAUUCUCUCACCACGGUCACUCUCUCACCACGGUCACUGUCUCAUCAUAGUCACUCCCACACCACAGUCACUCCCUCACCAUGGUCACUCUUUCACUGUGUUCACUCCCUUACCACGGUCACUCUCACCACAGUCACUCCCUUACCGCGGUCACACACACUGCGGUCACUCCUUCACUGUGGUCACUCUCUCACCACGGUCACACCCAUCAUGGUCACUCCCACACCACGGUCACUCUUUUGUUGUGGUCACUCUCUUGCCAUGGUCACACUCUCACCACGGUCCCCCUCUCCCUAUGGUCACUCCCUCACUGCGGUCAGUCCCUCACUGCGGUCAGUCCCUCACUGCGGUCAGUCCCUCACUGCGGUCACUCCCACACUAUGGUCACUCUCUCACCACGGUCACUCUCUCACCACGGUCACACUUUCGUUGUGGUCACUCCCUCACUGCGGUCACUCCCUCACUGUGGUCACUCCCACAUUGCGGUCACUCCCACAUUGCGGUCACUCCCUCACUGCGGUCACUUCCUCACCACGGUUGCUCUUUCUCUGCGGUCACUCCCACACUGCGGUCACUCCCACACUGCGGUCACUCCCUCACUGCAGUCACUCCCACACCACGGUCACUCCCUCACUGGUCAGUCAUAUUUACCAUGAUCUGU